GACCCCCAGCCCGCACCCCCUCUCCCUAAAUCUAGGGACUUCCCCAAGCACCGCAAGCUGCGGUUUCCUGCCAGGACUCUAGAGCGAAGAUAAAAAGAGCGCGGAAGGCUGGACACCCACAGUGCCUCACAGUGCCUCCACCCGCGCCUCAUCCACCUCGCUCCGCUCCAAGUCCAAAAUGUACCCUGUGCCUGGCCGCGCCUCCCGCACCCCGCGCCUGCUGUGUGCACUAUUGGCGCUGCUGCUGCUGCCGCCGCCAGAGUCGCGGGUGCACGCUGGUCCUGUCGCAGCGGCGAGAGAGCUCCGCUGUGUCUGUGUGACCAUCACGCCGGGCGUCCACCCCAAAAUGAUCGCCAGCCUGCAAGUGACUGUCUCAGGUCCGCAGUGUCCCAACGUGGAAGUGGUAGCCACCUUGAAGAAUGGGAAGCAGAUCUGUCUAGACCCAGAAGCCCCGUUGAUCAAGAGAGUCAUUCAGAAAAUGCUGGACAGUGGAAACAAGCAAAACUGAUCCAGAGGAAGGACCGUGCAUUGGAAAGACCAUGCAGUCUUCAAAAGGGAGCCGGGAGGGCUCUGUUUCUGCAGAGGCUCUGAUCCGAGAAAGACAAGAAACAAGGGUUGAUUUUUAAAAAUAUUUUUCCAGUAUUUUUCUGUGCAUUGCCUGCUCUGAGAAGACGGGGAAAUGUUGUUUGCCCUCAAGCUUAAGUGCUUAAUAUAGUAUUUCCUGCUGCUGUUACCUGGUAAACUGUAUUUUAAAUGAGGAAUUAUUGGUUGUUAAUAUUUCUAGGACAUAUUAUUCUGUGUAGUGUUAGUGAAAGGCCCAGGGUUUAAUAGAUGAAUUAUGUUUUAUUGCAGUAUUGCUGAGGGAGAGACACUGUAUAGUCAUUCUUCUCAUGAAGUAGAAAAUAUUUUAGUGUUGUUUCUGGGAUAAUAUGUUACAGAAUUCUUUACUCCUGACCUGCUUUAAGUAAUUGUAUGUGUAUUUGAAAGCUGGGUAUGUCAUACAGUAACCUAUGUAGAAUAUAUUUCCUUAUUUAGAAUUUCUAAAUAUUUAAGUUCUGUAAGGAAUAAUAUAUUCUCUUCCUCUACUUUUAGACAUUUCAUGUCUUCUUAGUAUGGCAUAAUGUCAUGAUACUCUUUAAAUUUUGAUUAUAUAUGCUAUUUAUUGAUUAUUUUAUUAGGUAUAUUAUAAUUUAGAUCACAGAAUAUAUGUUUUGGAUGGAUGAAGAAGAUAAAAGGUAUAUUCCAACUUCUAGUUGAUAUAGAAAUGCAUUUGUUCUUUAAAAAAUAAAUUUAACAAUGAUCAGUACUCUGAAAGUUUAGAAAACACAUCUGAUAUAUGGUGUUAUAAAUUCAUCAUUUAAUCUUUCAAAAGUACACAGCAUUGCUAAGACUUUUAGGUAUCUGUAACAUAACUUGAAGGUUUUGACUAUUUUGCUAUAGGUUAAAUCAUAUAUGUAUCACAUCCACCAUAUUAUAAUGGCACUUUAAAAAAUAUGUGUUGAAUUGGCUUGUAAUACCUAUUAUGUUUUUGAAGAAAAAAAUAAAAGAUUUGUGAACUGCA